AUGAGCAGCAAUGUACUAUUUUUUUAUUUAAGCAUAAUUAGUUAUCUAUUUGUAGCUUCCUUAUGCUACCAAAUAAUUUAUGUAGAUUCAUAUGAGGAGGAUCAAGCAUACGAAAUAAAGGAGAUCGAUUCCUGCUCCUGGCGAUACUUCUGUCAUAAGGAGUUUAACUACUGCGAGCAAGGGUGUAGUUCAAAGAAGAAAUUGACAAGAGGGUAUAACCUGUUAAACACAAGCGAUUUAAAAAAGCAGUGUUUUGUCAACAUCGAGUGCGAGCAUUAUGAUAUUUAUUUUGAUUCAGAAGACACUGUGUAUUUUAAUUUUUUUUCCAAAAUUUUCUUUCGUAUUAACACGGACUUCACCUUGUAUGUGCAUUUGCGUAAAAGGACUGCAAACUCAAGGAAAAAAGAACUAAGUAACUCAAAUGAAGAAACAAGUCAUUGGGACAAAAAAAAUAAAAUGGUUGUCCUUAUUGAAAAGAUAAUUCAGUACAGACAUUUUAUAUCGAAAAAUUUUAAAAAAAGUUUGAUAAAAUUAUUAAUAUUUUUAAUUCUGAUUCAUAUGAUAUUUUGUUAUCUCUAUGUCUAUACAUAUUUACAUCAAAAAAAAUAUGAUGAAAGUAUGUAA